CUUUAUUUUUCACAAUAGUUAUAGGACUCCAUCACCUCCUAUAAAUUCAGUUGUCGUAGAAAAUAUUCGCUAUAUCAUUGAAAUGUCAGAAUCAAAUAUGGAGAGAGGAGAUUCAUUCAUCCAUUAUGGUCAAAAUUCAAACUCAGAUUCUGGUUCAUUUAUGUUGCAACAAUCUGAUGUCCCUAGCAUUACAGAAGCUCCAAAAAAUGAUGGCUCUGUUCCUCAAGUAGCUAUGCAAGACAAAAGUACUUUGCCAAUAAAAAAUGUGACAACUAUAAUGAGAAAAGGUUUGCCACCAAAAUCAAAAAUCUCUAAUGGUGCAAAAGAAAUGGCUGAGCAAAGUGCUUCAAAGUUCAUAAACUUAGUGACCAAAAAAGCUGCUGAGCGUUGUCAAAGUGAGUCUAGAAUAAUUAUGGGUGCUGAUGAUUUAUUGUGGGCCAUGAAGAUUCUGGGCUUUAAUGACUAUAUUGAAGGUCUUACUCUUUAUGCCCAACGCUAUCGCUGUAGUAAUGGGCUUGGGCCUAUGCAACCAGUUGUUGAGAGUCCAAAGCCCACUUUACCAUCCUUACCACCUUCACCUGAUGAUGUUGGGCCAAAUUCCUCCAUGAGCCCAAACACAACUAUUGAAAUGUAUGAUGCCAUGGACUUGGAUGAGUUUUGGGCUGGAUUGGAUGAUUUGGGUAUUGGCCCAUCAGAUAAUGCUUCAACUAGCUUUGAUACUUCUGUGGAGUUCAACUUUGAUAGCAUGUUUGGUGAGGAAAAUGAUGAAAUGAACCACUAAUGUGGAGAAAUAAUCAAUAAUAUGUUAUGUUUAAGGGUGGAGCAAUGCUUCAAGACUUUAUUUAUAUUUGUAAUAUGUUAAGUUUAUCUUAACUUUUUUAUUUGUACUUUUUGUUUUUGUUAAUGGGAGGGGCAUAGCCCCAAGAGCUUGUUUAUGCUUUCAAAUAAAUUAUAUUUUUC